GGGAAGUCCACAAAUUGUUCGCAGGGCUUGAUCGUGCAGUACGAAGAUGAGUGGCUUGAGAAAUCUAGGUGCCGUUGCUUUCGAUAUAAGACGUUCGAAGGAGCAGUCCAGCGAGUCAGGGAAACGAAACAUAGGGCUUCCAAGACAAUCGUGCUAUGUGCGUCAGUGACCCGCAACUCUUUUCCAGCCUCGUUGCUCAACACAAACGGGCACCAUCUUUGAACACUCUUACAACGGUCAUCUUGCUGGCGAGAACUCGACUCGAAACUCAACUGCAACUUUCUAUCUACCGAACAUGACUGACUCAUCAAAACGUUUGCGCAUUGGUAUCAUUGGUGCUGGAGAAGUGACCCAGAUCAUCCAUCUGCCCACUCUUUCCCAGCUAUCACACCUCUACGAGAUCACAGCCAUCUGUGAUCUGUCGAAGAAGAAUGCUGAGCAUUGCGCCUCGAAGUACCAUAUCUCAAAGGCGACAACCGACCCGGAGGAGAUCUUCAACAGCUCCAACGUGGACGUAGUCUUCAUCUCUGUCUCUGAUGAGUUCCAUGAACCAUACGCCAUCUCGGCCCUGGAGGCACAGAAGAAUGUGUUCAUCGAGAAGCCCAUCACUCUUUCCAUGCAGUCUGCUCAGCGCAUCAUCGAUGCUGAAAAGAAGUCAAAAGGUCGCGUAUGGGUGGGAUACAUGAGACGCCAUAGCCGCUCUUUCACAGACGCGUUCAAGCGCGAGCUCGAGUCAAUUCCCAAGAUCCUCUACGCAAGAUCCCGUGACUUCUCAGGACCAAAUGGAAAGUUCACAUCACAAAGUGGUACAUUCCCUGUCAAAAACACAGAUUUCCCACCAUCGGCAGGAGAAGAGCGUAAUAAGAGAGUUGAUGCUCUCCUACAUGAAGCUUUCGGCUCUGAACCUACUCCCGAACAAGUGAAAUAUGCUCGUUUCCUGGGCAGUCUGGGUAGCCACGACCUGUCCCUCAUGAGAGAAUCUCUCGGCUUCCCCGAAGACGUUACGGCCGUCACCGUUAACGAACCUUUCUACUCCGCCAUCUUCAAGUGCCGCAACAAGUCAGGCGAUCCGUUCUUCGUGACCUACGAAUCCGGCAUCGAUGGCGUGCCGGAGUUCGAUGCUCAUCUCGCCGUGUAUGGCGAGAACAAACGCGUCACCAUCUUCUACGAUUCUCCUUACAUCAAGACACAGAAGCCUGUCAUGGUCAGGGUUCAAGAAGUAAAUGAUGCUGGCGAAGUCCAGACCAGGGAGAUCAUCAGCUCUUUUGAAGAUGCUUUUGCAACUGAGUUCCAAGAUAUGCAUGACUGCCUGGUCAAUGACAAGGAGAUCAAGACUAGCGCUGAGGAUGCCAUCAACGAGCUCAAGCUGUAUGAUCUGAUGUACGCAAAGUACGCCGAGUCCAGCGAAUAGACGCUACGAACUCCACGAAAUCAAUAAACAACAUCUAUUCAUGAUUAUUCAUGCUAUAGAGAAAGUCAAAUCACGGCUACGGCGUUGUAUGUAGACAUCAUUACAAGCAGUGCUGCUCUCCAGGUGGUACUGCUCAGUUCGCAAUGUCUGUACGGAUUCGCACUUGACAGGGUGCCCCUGCUGACCAGAAUUUGACGAAAGGGUUGGGAAUCUCACAGUCCUAUUAGCCUCCAACCGUAUCAAAUACAUGUGUUUCGCGU